UGAGCUCGGCAUUGGCAUUUGGCAAAAGUUAGUUGUUGUCGCGACGUAGUGAGGUACGGACGCACCACCAUGCACCUUUCCGCGCUCACAGUGAAAGUUCCUUAGAGAAAUGAGGCUCGCGGUCGCCUUCGUGUGUCUGAUGACAUGGAGCCCCGGCGUGUGGGGCUACGACUACGCCUCGUCGUGCGCCAAGCCGCACCGCUCGAGCCGGGCCCGCGCGCCCGCGGCGCCCUGCGACCUCACCAAGAAGACGUACUGCACCUCACCCGGUAGCAACUACCCCUGGCAUGCCAUCCGGAGAUUUGUGAGGGAGAACCAGGGGCUUAUGAGAAGAAUGUACGGAGAAGAGCGACACAUAUCGGUAUUGAAAGCUGAGCUAGAAAAUUUUAUAGAAGACGAUGAUGAAAAUGAAAAACCCGUAGAUUUCGCAGAGGAUAUAAUUAAGACAAAAAUUAUGUACACAAAGAAAAACCAUGGGCGUAGCAUUAAAGAUAAACCUCAUUUCAGGCCGAUUCAAAAUAACGACAGACAGAAAAACAACGAUUCUUUAAAAGUGAAACCUUUAGAAAGCUCUGCAAAUAAAACUAGGAAUGAUGAGAACAAUGAUACUAAUAAGACUGAUAUGACUAAUGAAACUCUUAACGACGAAAACGGAAUAUCUUAUAAGACUAGGCUUGAGAGUAUUGCUAAUAUAGAAAUCAAUAACAUAGAUCCAGACGUUAUAACUUUAGAAGCAGUAAUUAAACAAAGUAUAGAAACUAAUAGUAUUUACCCAAAAAACGCUGGAAACUCCAAAACUGAAGCGUUGAAAGAAGAUAUCAUAAAUAGCACUGAAAGUACUUUAACAGAAAAUGUGGUUAAUACGACAGAAACUGACGCACUGUAUGACGAUAUUACAACGGAGAAUAAAGAAGAAUGGAAAAAUAAUGCUGAUAUUUCCACUCUACCACCAACUCUCUUAUUUUCAGAGCAUGAGAAGUUAAAGGUAGACCGUAUUGAUCCUGUUGUCAAUGAGAAAAAAGAAGAGUUUCGUCCAAAACCACAGUACCAAGAAACAGUAAAACCAGCGGUUAUCAAACUACGUGGGGCCAAUGCCUGCGAGUCCAAAGAGGAAAUGGCAGCACCAUUUUGGGCUAACAGCACUCGAGGAGAAGUUCUGGCGCUACUGAACAUGUAUCCCUUCGAACAGUACAUACACCUGGAGACCUGCGUACAUGAACGAAAGCAGAUGUACUGCAGAGAAGGGUGCAGAUGCGAACAACAAUACCGCCUGCACCGUCUGCUGGCGUACGACCCUCGUAACGAAUGUCGCGGUAUUUUCGCGGACUGGUUCAAGUUUCCCGGCUGCUGCGUCUGCAAGUGCUAUGACGUACCACUGGAGUUCCGCGCCAGGUCGCCGAGGAUCCUCCAUCCGCAGUACGACGAUGACGUGAAGAGGAUUAUCUACGAAGACGUUGCCAGAGAUUGGUACUCGUCGUCUUAUGAUGACUUUGACGACGAUCUCUAUUAGACAAUAUUUCCUAUAGCGUCAUGUAUUUACAUCAUCUACGAAUACAUAGUACUCAUAAUAUUACUUUAAAUAUCUUUUAGCACUAACUAUUAACAGUGGUAUUUAACAAUGCUAUCUUUAGUUAACUUCAAGUUUAAGUGUUUAAACUUAAUCUUAUUUUAAUCUUUCUCUUAUGUUAGAUCAACUGAAUAUCUCCUUAUUGUUGUCAUUUUAUUUUAUAAGUACUGUAUGUUCUGUCUGAUUCUGUGCCAUUCGAAGCUCUGUUAUAUUUUAAGAGCAUGUAAAUUUUCAUUAACUAUUAUUUCAAAUUAUAAUGUUAUUAUAGCACAUGUCUAGUUCUUCACUUUGAUAAUUUAGUAGUAAACUCAUUAAUUUUCUGUGUGUUGUUGAUUAUUGUAUAUAUAUUAGUUGUAAUCGUUAAUUGUUGAUUUAUUAUUAUUAUUUAUUUUAUUAAAAUAGCAUGUUAUUAUGUUUGUAAUAAUAUCAUUUUAUAUUUUUAAGUGAACUAUUUU